CAGUUCGUUUAAUUGAUCCUCCUCUUUCAUUCUCUCCCUUACUAUCUCUUCAUAAACACCACAUAGAUCUUCGUUCAAUAAUUGGCCAAAUUAUCGAAAAUUUUCGGGAUGUCUUAACGAGAACAAUGGUCAACGUCGUCCUUUGUUUACUGCAAACGACAAUGAUGAUGGCGCUGUGCGCCACUGCUGCCUCUUUGUCAGGCAGCGCAACCAUCACCCCACAAGACUAUUACGGAUUGCCGGUCAAUGCGCUUGAAAACAACCCUCCAGCAUGUGGAAUGCCCUAUGCUCAGCUCAAUUUGGCUCUGAUUACCGCGGUGGAAGCCAUGGAUACAGCUUUUACUUGUAAUUUGUGUCUGAAUGUCACCAAUCAAGAUCAAUCGCGCAGUAUCUAUGUCCUUGCCGUGGAUCUCGGUGGAUCAGGCUUGGAUUUGAGCAUCCCGGCAUUUGAGUAUCUCUUUGACCAAAGAUAUGAUGCUUCGCCUGCAUCCUGGUCUACCGUUGAUGAUUCAUACUGUGCUGGGAUCUAUACUCCUGGAGAAACGAACCCUAACCAAGGGAUCGACGCUGGCUCGUCAUCAACAACUACAACUUCCAAGGCGGCUACUUCCACGACCGGCAGUACCACAACAAGUACAAAGGUGACGACGGCAGCAACUGAGACCGAAACUCCUAUCACCAAAACGACCGCCACGGCCCAAGCGGUUACCACAACUACCAUCACUGUUGCUGCUUCCGCUACUACCGCGACUACUACUACUACUACUACUACUACCACCAGCGAGCCCUCCCCAUCGAUCACAGACAGGCCCUAUCACCGUCAUCCGGAAAGACGCCGCCGACGCCAUCGUAAACAAAAUACUAGACGUUCAACGAGCUGGAUCUCACUUUGGUAGUCUUUCAGUCUGUCUCCCUUUUAUCUCGAUUAAAUCGAAAAUAAAUAAGAACAAUACCUG